UUCGAAUCCGACCUGUGGCCCUUUGCUACAUGUCAUUCCCCAUCUCUCUCUCCCCACAUUCCUGUUUAAAAACAAAAAACAAAUAUGUAACACAGUGUUAACGUUUAACACAGCUCCAACCAUUCGACAAAAUCCAUAGAUAUUUCAGAAAAGUAACUUCCAAAAUGAAUGAGAAAUAUGACAUGAAAAUUAACUACAGUUUUUUUCCACAUCAAAUAUUUUUCACAGUAUACAGAUGAGACUAGUAUGUGUAACCAGAGUCAGUUUAGUGCAUGUGACAGCUUCACAGUGAGAAUUACGCAGUGGGUAUAUAUCACAGGAAAUGAAGGUCUGCCAUGAAAUGCACCCCACCUGCAUAAUUUUGUUCCUUUUUACCCCAGCAUCAAGUACCUUUAACAGCAUACAUUUGGUGCCCAUAUAUGUAUGAGUUUGAUAGGUCUGACAACAGAACAGUCAAUGGUGGAUGGGGGAUUUAUUUAUUGUAUUUUAAUUUUAAAAAGCAGCAAGAAAAAAUAUUUAAUAUUUUAAAAACAAGAGUAUUUGAUGGAGUCUUUUAAUGGUGAGAAACACAUCUCAUACGCUUCCACUUCUGGUAAAUUUGCUCAGCACAUUUUAAUCCUAAAUAGAUUUUCAUCCAUGUUCUCUGCAGUGCUGCUGCACUCCCCACAAAAAUGUAUGAAACCUGUCAUAUUAAUGGGAGACCACAGCAAGGAAGACAUCCAAACCACGUCUUUAAGGAAGGACAAACACUUUUCAUUCAUUCAUGCCAUUUGAAAAAAAAAGUGAAGUGAAUAGAUGAUCAAAAAUCAUGUUUUACACAAGUUUUCAUGCGUUUAAUUCUGUGCCAUCCAGAAAAAAAAUGCAGAUUUACAUCUUAUGUACUCAGGCAUAACCGUUGCUUAUGGCCACAAUUACUAGACGAGGCCACACAUAAACUUGAACUUAGGCUGCUCGCUCAUCACUGUGUACGGUCUAAAGUUGACUGGCUCGCUGAGGGGAAAUGAACCCUUUUCAUGCUCUCACGCCACACGUCCAUUAACCUACAGAUUCAAAUCUGUCACUUUGCUCCUGAUAGUCUGAAAUGUUGCAUGGCGCUGCACGUCUGUCUCCCUGCUGUCUGUGUGCUGUCAGUGUCACGCUGUGAUGUCAUCCAUUAGGUUUUGACUGCGUCACAGACCAGUAUCGUCAUUUUGAGACUCGGUUUGUAAAAUUUUGUCAACACGAGAGAACCCGUCGUGUGCGACAUGUCUGAAAUGAUGACUCCGGUCUGCACUUUGUCUGGAGUAUAUCUUCAUUCAUUCAUGCUUCAUUCAGCAUCUCUACCUCGCCCUCCGCGCCGUUACUAUGGUUACAGGAACGUCCUGAACCUUUAUAACAGUUCUCAAUUAAAUCAUGAAUGUAGUGUGUAAGUGUAUGUGACAAAACUGAAGUCAAAUAAAAAGUGAGACCUCAAAGCUCCUCCCUCGUGGAAAUAUUAUGUACGUCAUCGUCAUGCUUUGGUUUGUUUUUUUGUAAAAUACUCGCUCUGAUUGAUCAGACAGGACAUCUGAUUAAUAUUUUAAUUUAUCUGCAAACUGUCAGAAGAUGAACUGCCUUUUGUAGUCUUCAGUAAAUAUUCGGUUCAUAUGGGUGACCACAGCGCCUCUGACAUGAUAAAAAAUGUAAUAAAUCCGAACAAAAUAGUUUCGCACAGUUUCGCUGUUUGUAGCUUCUACUAAGUACAACCCUCAAAGAAAGUAAGAGAUCUGACGUUUAUUGAUUUGUCCAUCUCUAUCAUGUGCGUGUGUGCUCAUUGGGUUAUUAGCAGUGUGUGCCAUUUAUUGAUUGCAAUAGGAGAGUUUUUUGAAGAUGUAAGUGGCGAACCUGAAAGGUGUAUUUUUGAUUGAAUUAUAUCAAUUAAAGCCACACUGACUUACAACUACAUUCAUAAUUAAUCAUACUCUCAUUUAAAACAUUCUCAUGAGAAAGUUUCAUGCCAUAGACACGGAGCGUCCACGUAACCAUAGUAACUGGACAACAUUCCACUGCGCAUGCGCACCGUGAAUGUGGGAAGAUCAAAGGCGAGAAGAUGACGUCAUAAGUGGGAGGAGCAACAAAACUUAUAAGGGUGCUUAUUUUCAAAAUCAAACUUAUUCGAGGAGUUUUAAGGACUUUUAGACCUGGAAAGAAACAAAGGAGCUACUUUCAAAUCCCAGUGUGAACAAAACCAGUCAGAGUGAAUAUAAAAUGGCAGAGGAAUCCCGUCGUCUCUAUGUGGCAGAGGAGCUUCAGCAGAAGUCUAAGCAAGGCCAGACAAUUCAGUCUGAAUUAAAAAUAAUCAAGCCCCAGCUGAGCAAUCAGAUUGAAAAACUUGAAUCUGAGGUCAAGACACUUCAGUCUGAAUUAAAAAAAGAGAGGUCCGAGAAAAAGAGGAUGCAGGAGUCACACCAGCUCGAGGUAAGUGACCUGCAGAUGCAGUUAAAAGAACUCAAAGAGAAGUUAACUGUCAUCUCAAAUGACAACCUCACUGUCGCCACUGAAGACCUGAAAAAAAAGGAAACAGAAGUGGAGCAGCUCAUGGCUGUAAUUCAAGAAAGAAACAAAGAGCUGGAAUUGCUGAGGGCAACCCUACGUGACUUUGAACAUCGCGUAGAGCAGACUCGGCAAGACGAGCUAUCAAGAACGGUAGCUGUCCAAGACCUUCAGUGUCAGCUGGAGGGGAAUAUGAUUAUGAUAAGCAAUACUGAAGAGCUGUUGCAAAAGCAAGAGCUUAUUAAUGCUGAAAAGGAUCAAGAAAUCAAAGAACAUGAUAACAUGAGAAUGGUUUUGCAGCAGUCCAUUUGUGACCUAAAAGACCAGCUGGAGAGGAGGCAGGAGGAGAUCCUAGCUGGAUUUGACAAUAUUGAAGAACAACCUCCUGCUCCUAUGGCUGAACUCAGCAAAAAGGGGGGAAAGAAUAGGAGCUAUUUCUCUCCAAUAAGUAAUCUAAAAAAACAGAACGAAAAUUUAAAUGAGGAAAAUGAACAGAAUGUUUUUCUGAUCGUUCAACUUGAAGCUCUUUGUGAGAGACAGAGGGUUGAAAAAGAAAGCCUGCAGCAGGAACUACAGAGGCUGCAGGAGAGUGAAAAAAUCUCAAACGACAACCUCACUGUCACCACUGAAAACCUGAAAAAAAAUGAAGGAGAAGUGGAGCAGCUCAUGGCUGCAAUGGAAGAAAAAAACAAAGAGCUUCAAUUGCUGAGGGCAACCCUACGUGACUUUGAACAUCGCGUAGAGCAGACUCGGCAAUCAAGAACAGUAGCUGUCCAAGACCUUCAGUGUCAGCUGGAGGAGAAUAUGACUCUGAUAAGAAAUAAUAAAGAGCUGUUGCAAAAGCAAGAGAUGAUUAUUGCUGAAAAGGACCAAGAAAUCAAAGAACAUGAUAACAUAAGAAUGGCUUUGCAGCAGUCCAUUUGUGACCUAAAAGACCAGCUGGAGAGGAGGCAGGAGUCGCACCAGCUCGAGGUAAGUGACCUGCAGAUGCAGUUAAAAGAACUCAAAGAGAAGUUAACUGUCAUCUCAAAUGACAAUCUUACAUAUAAAGAGCAAGAGAUGAUUAUUGCUGAAAAGGAUCAAGAAAUCAAAGAACAUGAUAACAUAAGAAUGGCUUUGCAGCAGUCCAUUUGUGACCUAAAAGACCAGCUGGAGAGGAGGCAGGAGUCGCACCAGCUCGAAGUAAGUGACCUGCAGAUGCAGUUAAAAGAACUCAAAGAGAAGUUAACUGUCAUCUCAAAUGACAAUCUUACAUAUAAAGAGCUGUUGCAAAAGCAAGAGAUUAUUAUUGCUGAAAAGGACCAAGAAAUCAAAGAACAUGAUAACAUAAGAAUGGCUUUGCAGCAGUCCAUUUGUGACCUAAAAGACCAGCUGGAGAGGAGGCAGGAGGAGAUCCUAGCUGGAUUUGAGAAUAUUGGGGCAGAGGUGCCGCAAGCUUCAAACUUUCUUGAUGAACACAUAAAUGACAUUCCCAUGCAGGUUGCUGAAGAACAACCUCCUGCUCCUAUGGCUGAACUUCUCAGCAAAAAGGGGGAAAAUAAUGAGAGUAAUUCCUCUCAAAUAAGUAAUCUCAAAAAGGAUAACAAAAGUUUGAGUGAAGAAAAUAGACAGAAUGUUUCUCUUCCUGAAGAACAACCUCCUGCUCCUAUGGCUCAGACCACAACUUUUUUCCGUCGCUGUGCUGGCCGUGUACUGAAAGCAGGUUUGACUGCUGGCAUCGUUGCUGCAGGUAUAUACACCCUAGGUUACCUGGGCAGCAGUAAUAUACAAUGUAUGUCAUCCUGUGUCAUCGAGAUGAUUGAGCCUUACUGCACCAAGUACGACAUCACCCCUCAUCCCUUCUAAACAGCUAAAACAACAUUCAUAAUGUGUCCAGGGUUUUCUCCGGGUGCUCCGGUUCUCCCACAAUUUGCAUGUAUAUAUGUAAAAAAAAAAAAAAAAAACACACACACACAAAAAAAAA